AUGGUCAAGGACAUUGCCCCGAGAGCGGGUUUGCCUGCUGAUUUUCUUUGGGGCUUUGCAACUGCUGCAUAUCAGAUUGAGGGUGGUGCUACAGCAGACGGCCGAGGCCCUUCAAUUUGGGAUACCUUUUGCAAAAUCCCCGGCAAGAUUGCCGACGGGAGCUCUGGAGAUGUUGCGUGUGACUCGUAUCACCGAACCGCCCAGGAUAUCGAACUGCUCAAGAAGCUUGGAGCCAGAGCCUAUCGUUUCUCCAUCUCGUGGUCCCGGGUCAUCCCCUUAGGUGGCCGCAAUGACCCGGUCAACGAGGCUGGGCUCCAAUACUACGUCAAAUUCGUCGAUGACCUGCUCGAGGCCGGCAUUGUGCCUUUCAUCACUCUUUUCCACUGGGAUCUGCCCGACGAGCUCGACAAGCGCUACGGAGGCUUCUUGAACAAGGAGGAGUUCGUUGCUGACUUUGCCAACUAUGCACGGGUCAUGUUCGAGGCCAUGGGCUGCCGGGUCAAGCACUGGAUUACCUUUAACGAACCAUUCUGCAGUGCGAUCCUCGGAUACAACGCCGGUGUAUUCGCCCCCGGUCGCUCCAGCGACAGAAAGAGGAGUGCCCACGGCGACGGAUCUACCGAACCUUGGAUAGUUGGCCAUCACAUCCUGCUGGCACAUGCCACUGCGGUCAAAAUCUACCGAGAAGAGUUCAAGGCGCGGGACGGAGGAGAGAUUGGCAUCACCUUGAACGGCGACUGGACCGAGCCAUGGGAUCCCGAGGACGAACAGGACCGGAUAGCGUGCGAUCGCAAGAUCGAGUUCGCCAUCUGCUGGUUCGCCGACCCCGUGUACUUCGGUCACUAUCCGGAAUCGAUGGUCAAGCAGCUCGGUGACCGGCUGCCCAAGUUCAGCGAAGAAGAAAGCGAGCUCAUGAAGGGCUCCAACGAUUUCUACGGGAUGAAUCACUACUGCGCCAACUACAUCAAACACAAGGAAGGUCCCGCCGAUCCGCUCGACUUCUCGGGGAAUCUGGAGAUCCUCUUCGAAGACAAGUAUGGCAACAGCAUCGGACCCGAGACGCAAAGUUUCUGGCUCCGGCCUCAUGCGCCGGGGUUCCGAAAACUGAUGAAGUGGCUGAGUGACCGAUACGGACGACCGAAAAUCUACGUGACGGAGAACGGCACGAGUAUCAAAGGCGAGAACGACUUGUCGCGGGACGAGAUCCUCGAGGAUGAUUUCCGGUGCGAGUAUUUCCGGAGCUACAUCACCAGCAUGGCCGAGGCCGUGGCGGAAGAUGGAUGUGACUGUAGGGGAUACAUGGCAUGGAGUCUCAUGGAUAACUUCGAAUGGGCUGAAGGGUACGAGACUCGCUUUGGCGUGACCUACGUCGACUACGAGAACGACCAGAAACGGUACCCGAAGAAGAGUGCGCUGGAGAUCAGGAAGAUAUUUGAUCAGUACUUGGGCAAGAUCUGA